AUGUGAUGGAACUCUCCAUUAAAUACAAGAGGUUAUUGUGUUCUUUGGGUUUGAUAGCGCUGAUAAAUCAGGCCGUUGUGUUUGAUUAAAACGGUGGUAGUCUAUAAUGUGCUGUGCUUAUGCUGUCUGAAAGAAUGAUUGUGUGGACGAAGACAGCAGAAUCAAAGAUCAUCUUGGUGCUUUUAUUCUGAAAACAUGUGCAGCCCGAAUGAUCUGAUCCGAUCCUCGUGUAAUCUCAUUAGGUAAACUAAAUCCAGGUAACUCGACUGAUACCAUCAGAGACAAACAGAGGGGGGGGCUCCAAAUAAAACUUCUGCCCGUUGCUAUAGUCAGUCCAAGGAUCCAACAAAGUGUCUCUCGUCUCCCUGGCGACAUUUGGAUGUCAUGCCGAUUGCUCACGAUAAACUAACCGCAAGAGGAAGGGACACCGCAGAGACCCGCUAGACAUUACGAGCAUGUCCAAUAGGAAAGUGGCUGUCGUUAUUGGACUGGGAGUAGCUGUGAUGCUUCUGGUGCAGAGCGGAGACCCGCUGGACUCCGCGCGCAACGGGCCCCCGGUUUGGAGCGACUCCGGGCUGCUCGCGCGGGCUGUGAUCUGCGUCAUCGCCGGAUGCUCCCUGCUCGCCUUGGGCUGGCUGCACGGUCUGCUCUUCGGUCCCCUGGAGAUGUUGCGGGGGCCCGACGACGUGGGGUACAUCGCCGAGGACGGUCGCUCCAGAGCGCAGGCGGCCAACGAGGUCCGCCGCAGGAGGAAAACCGGAGAGCUGCCCCCCGUCUUUCCGAACGGCUGGUACCGCGUCCUGGACUCGCGCAGGCUCCAGAUUGGCGAGGUCAAAAGUGUCUCUGUUCUCGGUGAGCAGGUGGCAGUGUUUCGGGGCCAGGAUGGGACGGCCUACGUGGUGGAUGCCUACUGCCCCCACCUCGGGGCCAACUUGGCUGUGGGGGGACGAGUGGUGGGUGGCUGCAUAGAAUGUCCAUUUCAUGGAUGGCAGUUUCGGGGAAACGAUGGAAAAUGCGUGAGGAUCCCCUAUGCAGAAAAAGUGCCGGAGUUUGCCAAAGUGCGCUGCUGGCCCAGCUGUGAGGUCAACGGGCAGAUCCUGGUUUGGUUUCACUGUGACGGAGAAGACCCUCGGUGGACCAUCCCGGAGCAGCCGGAAAUCACAACGGGCGAGUGGGUCUAUCGGGGGAGAACGGAACAUUUCAUCAACGCUCACAUAGAGGAGAUUCCUGAAAAUGCAGCGGACAUCGCUCACCUGGCUCACCUGCACACGCCGGCUAUUACCAGCGGUGUAGAUCUGCGCUACACCAACAGCAGGGCCUGGGAAUUUCUGCGCCAUGACUGGAAGGUUCAGUGGGAACCGGAGCCGGAGCCCAACAAGCAUUGUUCUCAGAUGUCGGUGAAACACGCGCUGACUGUGUUUGGGUGCCACUGUCCUCUGCUGGACGUUCGCGUCGUGGCCAGACAGGUGGGUCCGGGAGUGGUGUUUCUGCUGUUUGACCACAGCUUCUUGGGCCGAGGCGUCAUCUUGCAGUGUGUGACUCCGGUGGAGCCUCUGCUGCAGUGGGUCUCUCACACCAUCUUCUACCAGUCUAAUAUCCCUCCUCUGGUGCCCAAAUUCGUCCUCAGAGCAGAGUGCAUUCAGUUUGAGCGCGACGUGAUGAUCUGGAACAACAAGAAGUACAUCUCCAAGCCUCUCCUGGUGAAGGAAGACUCAGCCAUCCAGAAACACAGGCGCUGGUUCAGUCAGUUCUACAGCGAGAACAGCCCGCAGCUGCAGUACCAGCGUGACACUUUGGACUUCUGACCUCUCCCGACCGAAGCGAUGAUCUCAGGUCACGGUUGACAUUAAUCAGAGGAUCCCGAGUAGGGAGGCUGGAAUUUUUUUUUAACCGUCAAAUAUGAUAUAUAUGAAAGGAAGAAAGCAGGCCGGAUCUCUGUUGAAAGCCUGAACCUGACCCGAGCCCUCAUAGCGUCCUUACUGAAGUCUUACCGAAGUGGAUGAUGUUGACUUCCCAGCUUCAUACACGCAAGUGCCGACAGCCGUCACGUCGCCCGACUGAGCGGUUCAGCCCGUACAUGUGAGAUCUUGGUGAGCCAGUGCGAAUAUACAGAGCCAGCGACACCGAGGAACGCCACAGUCGCCUCGCUGUAUCGCUGUCAAGACCAUUUAUUUCACAGAAGUCUGCAAAAAUAGGAUGAUUUCCACAUACUGUGAUGUGGAUGACUGCUACAGCCGGUUUUGAUUUGUGUCUGUGUGUUUGAUAUGCAAUCACCUUCUUCUAGUUAGAGUUCAGUGAGAUUUCUGAUACCGUGAUUGGAUAUCAGUUGCUGCCUCACUUUGGCUUAUUAAAAAAUAUGAAUAGAUUUUCCAAACUGUGAGUUUAAGUCUUUCAUUUUUUAACGUGUGAUCACACAGGGACCACUCCAUAAAAAAAAACCAUGAUACUUCAGACUUUGUAGUGCGAGUAGUAUUGACCAACCACGUCGGAGCGGGAGCAAAAGAGGCGUAACGCAUCGACCGAAGUCGAAGUCCGGCCCUUUUGCGCGGAUGUCUCUGUAGUUAAACAAUAACAGAUCACGCUCUGUCUCCUGCCACCUGAUGAAUGGAAGCGCAACAGUCACCCUCAAUCCUCAUAGCUCAUAGCUCUUUUUCUCUCCACCAAGCUUCUCUCUAGCUGCUCCACUGUGUUUGCCAGAUGUGAUUCCCGUGACUGUAUCUGCCUGCUGAGGAGGUGGUGGCCAUUCUUGUUCAUUUUUAUCAGCCGCCUGCUGCUGAACAAACAGCAUGAGGGUGAACCCAAACAGUAAAGCUGCAGACUGGCUUUACCCCGUUUAUCCUUCACAUUUAAAUCCGUUGACAAAUAUUGAUUAAUGCCGCUUGAGGAGAUUUUAUGGUCAUCUACACUGUCACAAACUGUUCCUUUAACAUGCAUGAUUGUCAUUUGUCAGUUUGAUUAAUGGAGCAAAGAUGAUAAAUCUUUCAUUGUGACGUGACGAUCUAGAAACAUUUUUUUUUUAAACCCUCGACCCAAGUGAAUAACCUUAAAAAUGUUCCCCUUCAUUUCAAUAUCUUGAGACACUGAGAUAAAUAAAUGUAUUUUGGGCUUUUGCAAAUAUGUGAUAAAAUGUGACUUACUACGACUUCACUGCUAAAAAACAUCUCUAAAUUUCAGGCCACAUCAUUUACCUAAAAAGAAAUGGGCAAUGCUACUAAUACACCUUUUGUGAAUAAAUACUAUUGUCAUGAUUA